GUCUAGGUCACCGCAAAAGGAAGUGCUCACAAAAUGGCUGCAAGCUACUGGGACUCGCACUGCUCGCGCAACCUCGUCUCGAAGGAGCAGCUAGAGAACUCGCAUGCAGAAGACAGGCUCCUGGGGCUGACAAGGGAGCACAUCCAGCAGCUAAACGUGUUCUUUUGCACAAGUAUCGCGGAGCUUGCCAAGCAGCUCAAGCUGCGCCAGAGGGUGGCCGCCACCGCCAUGGUUUACUUCCGGCGCACCUACCUGUGCAACAACUUCUGCCGCAUGGACCCGCGGCUGGUGUACGUGGCCAGCCUGUACCUGGCCUGCAAGGCGGAGGAGAGCCUGGUGCAGGCCAAGCACCUGGUGGGUCACGCCAAGAGCUACCGCAAGUGGCCCUACGACGUCAAGGACCUGCUGGACAUGGAGAUGGUGCUCCUUGAGGACCUGGACUUCAACCUGAUUGUGUUCAGCCCCUACCGCGACCUGGUCACCUACCUGGCCGACAGCGGCGUGGAGACGCCCUGUGCGCAGCGCGCCUGGGGUGCCCUGAACGACUCCUACCGCUCCGACGUGAACCUGCUCUACCCGCCGCACGUGGUGGCGCUGGGCUGCCUCUGCCUGGCCGCCGGCUCCUGCAACGUGGACCUUGCGCCCUGGCUGGGCAAACUGAAUGUGGACCUGGGGCAGGUGGCUGCGGUGGUGACGGACCUGACGUCCAUGUACGCGCAGCAGGCGGCGGUGAUCAGCCUGGAGGAGUGCAACCGCCGGAUCGAGCUGGUGGGCACGCGUUGGGACAGCUCGGCAGCCGGCAGCGGCGAGCGCCGCCACCAGCGCGUCACCUUGGCAUGAGGUGCCUUCGGAGGAGCCGGAGGCCGCGGCUGCUAGGGCCGCAGGAUGUGGAUAACUGGCGUUGGGCCGGCACCAGGAAAGGGAAGGUACAAACUUGACAACGCCAUCAACUGAGCUGGCUUGAGGGCGGGACGGUUGCAGGCGCGCUAUCGCCCAGG